UGGAGAAAAACGGGGGUCAUCAGGACACGUAAAAUAACUUGGGAAGGAAGGAGAAAGGUGGAGAACCAAGAGGAACAAGGGCUAAGGAGAGCGCAUUCCAAAGGAUAUUAAUCCACUCCUUCCUAUCCCCCUCUCUCUCUGUGCGUUUGUGUGAAUGCGCUCUGAUGGAUUACGGUAGUAGGUGGGCGGAACCCCAGGCGACGCCGCCGCCCCCGCACCACCACCUCUACUACGCGCCACCGCACUUCCACUCUGACAUGAUACACCACCACCAGCAACCCCAGCCCCUUCCCCAUUCCUCCUCCUCCUCCUCCGCCGCCGCCGCCGCCGCCGCCUCCUAUUACUACCCCAACCCCAACCCUAACCCUAGCCGUUGCCUCACCCCCAGCCACGACGCCCACCUCCCGUCCGUAGCCGGCGCCCGAGCUCUCCGCCCCCCGGUGGCGGACACCUACCCCCCCAACCCCUACGGCUCUCACGGGGGCUACCAGGGACUCCAUGCUGUGCCUUACUCUUACCCUCGGGCUGUUCCGCCGGCGGCGGCGGAUGUUUGUGCCCCGUCCUCGUAUUACUACGGUGGUGGAGGCGAGGACCCGCAUAGCCUUGCAGUGAAGGAGGCUAUUUGGCAGCAUGGUGUGGAUCCCCAUUGCUAUGGACCCGUGCAAACAAGCUCUUCCAAUGGGCUGGUGCCAACUGAUCCAACCCAGGUAAGACCUCCACACUUACAUGGCAGGGUGUCACGUCUAACCUCUAAUAGAGCCAUGAAGAAGGUCUCAAAGAGGACCAUUAAAGUUGUGCAAUCAGCCUACUGUGAGGUCUGUAAGAUUGAGUGUUACACCCCAGAAGUUCUGAAGACACACAAGCAAGGCAAAAAACACAAGAAAAAUUUGCAGAAGCUGCAGGACUCUAUUACAGCAAAGCCCACUAAAGCGCCAGCAACCACAGUGGAGAGGAAAGAAACCCCAGAUGCUGAUAAAUGCAAAGCUGGAGGUGAGAAAACAAAGAAGAAGGGAGCUCCAGCAACAGCAGAGGACUUAGAGGCCAAAAAGAGGAGGGUUUUGGAAGGUGGUGCAGCUGCGGAGGGUGUUCAGGUGUGUAGCAUUUGCAAUGUUGUGGUCAACAGUCAGAAGGUGUUUGAGUACCAUAUUGCAGGGCAAAAGCAUACUGCCAUGGUGAAAAAGCUGCAGGAAGAAAAUCAAGCGGCAGAUGCACCAGAUAUAGUCAAGGAAUGACGUGGAAAUAUUUUCAUGCUCUCUUUAUAUGUUGUUACAAAGAUUAGAACCGAAAUACCUGUAUGUUUUUUGAGCUCGGAUUUGUCCAUCAUUUUCUGGUAUUAAAUUUGUUCAGCUUUUCUUUGCCAUAUAUUUCAUCUUACCGAGUAUGGUGUUUGGGUUAAUGUUUAUCUAAAUUAACUUAGACAUCUCUUUAACUUAAAAGAUUAGUAAUAUCAAUCUGUUCUAGAUGCUUAAA